AUGCAGACCUGGGGAUCAUCAUGGGGGGACUACUCUGGAGUGCUACAGUGCACAAACAAACCCACAAAUGGAUUCCUGGAUUAUACCGAACCCAAUGAUAUUCCCAACAACAUCGUCAUUCCUUCUUGGGCAUACCAGCCACUGAAGAGUGAUGGCACAGUCGAUCUUCCGCAAGCAAGUGAGGUCUUCGAGCCCCCCUAUAGCGCUAAUGCCGAGUCAAUCCUCACCUCCACCCUCCGAGUCUGCGCCGCCUACAGGAUCACCCUCGCCUACCACGACUUUUACACCGCCAACGGCAACCGCUACGCUCCCUUCGGCCACUGA